AUGGAGCCUGCCUACAACGCAAGCCGUCGCCAGCCACCACCACGCAUUUUCCACUGGUCACAGAAUACGCGUCAUUUCAAUGCUAUUGCCUCAGUCGACGACAUCGAGGUUGUCAUCAUGGACGAGAUUAUUCAUAUGCACUACCUGGGUGACAAGGAGUGUUGUCACGUGUGGGAGCAGUUGCUGCUCAUGCUGCCGCAAAGCGUGACGUUGGUGUCGCUUAGUGGCACCAUGCCAAACGUCGUUGAGCUUGAGGAUUGGCUCAGUCGAUCACGCGGUAAAACUGAAAUCCAAGUGUGUCAGACGCUGAAACGGCUGGUGCCCCUGCAGCACUACUUCUAUACCGGCCGCAACAAGCAAACCAGCAGCAAUUUUUACCUGAUUGUGAAAAAGGAGGUCAAAUGUGGCUGGAUAGGCGUGGAUGAUGGUGGCAUCGACUUUGAUGUGAACCCGGGGCUGGUGGAGGCCACCUAUUCCUGGGCACGUGGUAAUCCGUUGUCAGUGGUGGCAGGACAAUCUGGCGCCGACGAAGGCCAUCUGCUUUGGAGCCUUCAAGCGUCUUUGUGA